ACCCUGAAGAUUUAGCUAGACUUCACCUGUUCGCAUGCACAGUUCCACUUUUUCACCUGUAGUUGCUCUCCUCUGCCUGUGCCCAUUAAUUCUUUAGCUAGUGGGGAAAAUGGUUUCGUACGUAGUCUACAGCUUUCUGCUAGCAUCCGUAGCGUUCCCGGGGACCUUCCUCGGAGAGGUAGUGUUUCGCUGCCCUAGUUGCAGCGCCGAGCGGCAGGCUGCAUGUCCGAAGCUCACGGAAACUUGCGCUGAGAUGGUAAGGGAGCCCGGCUGCGGCUGCUGUCCGGUUUGUGCUCGACAAGAAGGCGAAUCUUGCGGCGUCUACACCCCGCGAUGUUCCAGCGGGCUACGCUGCUAUCCAAAGCCGGAUUCCGAAUUGCCGCUGGAACAGCUUGUGCAAGGGCUCGGGCGAUGCGGACACAAAGUGGAUGUAGAACCCACGAUAAGCCAAGAACGGGAGGUUAGCGUAGAGGUGCCGGACCCAGCAGAGGUCAGUCUGACAGAGAGCCCUGCCCUGAGGAGGCCCACCAAGGACGGGGCGUGGAACGGGAAGGAGAUCGCCGUCAGACUGCACCGCAUCGAGAUGAAGACCAAGAUGAAGCUCAACAAGGUGGAGGACAGUAAAACGGCCCGCUAUAUGCUGAGCCAGUGCCAGCAGGAGCUGGACCAGGUUCUGGAGCGGAUCUCCAAGAUGCCCUUCAGUGAGAAUCGGGGUCCCCUGGAGGAUCUGUAUGCCAUGCACAUCCCCAACUGUGACAAGAGGGGGCAAUAUAACAUGAAACAGUGUAAGAUGUCGGUCCACGGGCAGAGGGGGGAGUGUUGGUGUGUGAACCCCCACACCGGCCGGCAGAUCGCCACCUCCCCCAUCCUCAGGGGGGACCCCAACUGCAGCCAGUACCUGCACAGCCCGGAGGCAGAGGCCCCCACUGCCGCCCAGAAAUAGCCGCGCCUAGACCUUCUGACCUUCUGACCCAACGCAGAGGAAACGGCAGGUCCCGGUCUCCAAAACCAAGAGAGCAACAUAGAAGAACCAGUUAUGAAACAGCUAGGCUAAAUUCAAAAUGUGCACGUGUGUUUGUGUGUGUUGGUAUGUUAUAAUGUGCGCAUGUGCGCAUGUCUGACUGUUUGUGUAUGUGUGUGUGUGUGUGUGUGUGUGUGUGUGUGUGUGUGUGUGUGUGUGUGUGUUUGUGUGUAGAUUUGUUCCGUGUAAAAUGCUCAAUCCUCAGUGACAUUGCAAGAAAAGUGAAUCCAUCAGUGUGUUUAGGUGCAUUGGCUAAAUGCCAGUACCACACCGACCACCUAUGGAAAAAUAAAAGGAAAGUAUCAUAGAUGAAGCUCGUCUGUCAUUCCCAGAUUCCAGUUUGGUGUUGAAGCAGACUAAACAUGCGUUGUUAUCUCAGUGUGCCGUCCUUCACACGGAGGCUUGUAUCUGUGUGAGUGUGUCUGAGUGUGCAUCUGUGUCUGAGUGUGUAUUUGUGUGAGUGUGUAUCUGUGUCUGAGUGUGUAUCUGUGUCUGAGUGUGUAUCUGUGUGAGUGUGUAUCUGUGUCUCGGUGUGUAUUUGUGUGAGUGUGUACCUGUGUCUGAGUGUGUGGAUAGUUCUGAUAGUCUGGCCUCGCUUUGACCAGCUGCCUCUCUUUCGGCCGAGUCCCAUACCUAUUUAUUCAACUUCUGUGUUUCUCUCCACUGCAAACACGUGCUCAUCCUGCUGGCUUUUUAGUUUCCUUCGUAUUUCUCCAAACGCUUUUUCCUGGUUUCUCCAUCUUUAAAGAUCAAUAUUUUUCCGUUGAUCUUUCCCCGUGACUCCUCACGCAUCACUUCCCUUUGGCCCACAGACAUCCUGCUGGCUCUACCGUCUCUCUCUCUUUCUCUUUCUCUCUCCCACUCCCCCCCUCUCUCUCUCUCUCUCCAUCUCCCUCCAUUUCUCUCACUCUCUCUCCAGCCUGUGUGUAUUAGUGAGCAGAAUAGAAAUGUAUAGUGGGUGAAUGACCCUGGCCUCCUCGCCCCAUACCCAAUCACGUGGCAGAAUCUGGAAGGAGGUGGAGUAGGGGUUUUUUUGGGGGGGAGGGGGGUUUACUAAUGGAGUGCCGACAGAGAGUGAGUUUAGGAUGGGCUCUGACACUGACUGAUGGGAUAUUAAGUGAGUUUGACUAUAUAUAAACAUAGGUUCACAAAUGUAUGCCUGCAAUGUUGUGUAGCAGCGGAGUCCAAAUGCUCCGGAUAUCCCAGUGUAGCUGUGCCUAAUUCGAGCAGCAUUCCGAUAUCCCAGUGUAGCUCUGCAUAAGCCAAGCAGCAUUCCGAUAUCCCAGUGUAGCUGAGCCUAAGCCAAGCAGCAUUCCGAUAUCCCAGUGUAGCUGUGCCUAAUUCGAGCAGCAUUCCGAUAUCCCAGUGUAGCUCUGCAUAAGCCAAGCAGCAUUCCGAUAUCCCAGUGUAGCUGAGCCUAAGCCAAGCAGCAUUCCGAUAUCCCAGUGUAGCUGAGCCUAAGCCAAGCAGCAUUCCGAU